CAAAUCACAAAUUAACCAUACAAAUUGUUUAACACCAAUCUAGAAAACUCAAGAAAAUUGAAGCAAAUCACAAAUUAUCCAUAAACAACAUGAUUAAUUGAAAGCUUCUUCCGCCUUGUCAAUUACCCUUCUUCACUCUCCACUCGAUAAUGUCAACUUUAUUCUAGACAAUUAGAAAGAAAAAAAAUAGACAUGUCUCCGCAAACAUAAAGAAGAUUAGUUGUUUAGAAUAUUAAAUAUACCGGGAAAAUUAAUUAUAUCGGUGUGGGCGGGUAUCUAUAGGGCUGGUUUACCUAAACUCAAACCCAACCCGGUAAAUAAUGAACGGAUUUAAACCCAAACCCGACUCAUAACUUGUCGACGCAGGUUUUACCCGUCUUAACCGGGUUGGGUCGAAUAGGAUACCCGUGGGUUCGGGUUUUAUUUUUAUUUAUCUACACAUAAAUAUAAGGGAAUGUCAGGGUAAAUAAAUUGCCACAUCAGCCGGUGCUCAACAACCCGCACACUUCGGAGGACUUUUUUCGUCAUUCCCACGACCUUUCGGAAGUUGGGUUUCAAAUCUCGCCGCCGACCAAGCAAACCGUUGUUGUAGCUCAGCGAGCAGCUAUCUCUCAACUCUCCCGGAAAGCUCACGGCGGCCCUUGCCAACCGCAGCUACCGACAUCGAUGCUUCCCUAUUUUUUCCAUAUUGGAUAGAUUCUCUCGCAAAUCCCUUCGCAGAGCCGCUGUCGUCGGACCCAACAAAUGUUGUCGGCUCUUUCCCAUGUCGUUUCGUCUUCUCCCACCGCGAUUCCCUCCGUCGUCCCUUAUAUCUCUUCCCGGCAACUGAUUUGGGCUAUUUGUAGGUUCUCCCGCUCUCUCUCUCUCUCUCUCUCUCUCUCUCUCUCUCUAUCCAAGUUCGAAGCUCCUCCUCUCUGGCCUCUGCUCCAUCUUCCCCCACCUUUAGGCCGGUGUGGUUUAAAAAUUGGGAUCUUUGAGAACUUAUAUGUUUCUGUUUCUUUCGUUGAGUGUUUGAUUGAACUUAGAAUGGUUUGAACUGAUAGUCUGAUACCCUUGCAUUUUGUAUUGCUUGGAUUUGUUUAAUUAUUCAGUCAUGUAUCUCCUGGAAUGUUUUAAAUUAUUUUUGGAAUUGCGUAGGAUAAGCUUCCAUCUGCUUGCAUUCCCUAAAACAAAGCCCAUGAACAAAUAUAUGGGAUACUUUUAGUUUAGAUAACCUUAUCUCUGAUUAUGGAUCAUCCCCAUCGCCAUCAUACAGUGCAUUAUUGUGUGUAGCUUGGCAAUACUCAUCUUCUUUAGAUAAUGCCAACAAGGCAUGAAAAGCUUCACUUGACUCAAUAAUAACAUGAUGAACACAAAGUAAAUUGCAUUCUACUUCACUUCCAAGUCCUUGGAACAUACAAGUAAGGAAUUAUAGAAUGGUCAACGAUGUGUAAACAAAUAAAUAUAUGAUUGCUAAUAAGGUUUACAAGGAGAAUUGAUAUUCACUUGAGUGUGAAGGAGAUGAAGGCAUAUGAAGCUAGAUUUAUUUAUUCUUAGUCCUUGACUCAACAUCGCUAAUCAUUCUUCAAUUUGUUUUUGGUUAGGAAUUUGCAGAUUUAGGAGCAGGGUCCCUUGAAGAAUUGGUCAAUUGGAAAUUGGAGCAUGAUAAAUGCCUUAACGGUAUUUUUGAUUUGAAUGUGGUAUUUGUGAUUUUGAUUCUAAAUGUCAAAUCAUUUGUUUGGGUAUUAAUUAUUUUUUAUAUUUGGAUUUGUGCCAAAUCCAUGGGGUGAUUUCCAAUACAUGUCUAGAAAAUAUAUUCAGCGAAACCCGCAGAUGUCAAAAGCUGGCAAAACCACCAGCAAAGGGAAACUAAGAGAAGAACCAAUGUUGCAGUAGGUAGACAAAUUGUGUGAUUGUGUCGAUACUGCAAAUUCUUAAACAUGUUGUCAGCUUGCAGUUAUGAUGAGGUUAGUUUGCCGUAGGACUCAAUUCCUAAUCGUUGGACUCAAAUUUAGAUACUUAUGAUAUUCUGAACUGCUGAAACUAACCAAAUUACAUGGUUUACGGGGUUUGCAGCAUCUUAGGUAUAUCGAAUUCGCUCAAUAAUCACCUGUUUGUUACUAUUAUUGGGAAAAUUUUGAUCAUCCACAUAAUAACAAUGCUUAUGUGGGAAGCCAUUUAGAGAUCCUUCUGAUCAAGAAAAUGAACUCUUAAAUGUUAACUAUGAUAUUUGUUUCCAGCAUCUCUAAUAUGUUUGUGAAUGGUUUGGAUAUUGUCAAGUUUAGAGUUUUAGAUUGUAAAUAGUUUUGAAUUUUAACGUGACUCUAAAGAUAGAAUCUUAACUUGAAAAUCGCCUAGAUUUGUGUGUUUAUGACAACAAUAGCUUAUUGUAGUGUGUUUUACACCAGUAGCUAGAGUUUGUGGCAUUUCAGGACAAGAGCCACAUGCAUUUGUAGAUUUUCAACCUUUAAAGAGUAGGGACUUCUCCAUGUUAACAUAAUUCUGCCUUAUUUUCAAUUUCCUGGCAGGUCCAUCAUAUUAUUAAUCACCCUUAGAUCCUAAACUAUACUGUUGCCCAAAUUGAGAAAGCGUCUUAUACUGAUUGGUUCAUUUAUCAAGUAUUAUUAUCUUGGGAUCAUCGGGUCUUUAUUUUAGUGUUAGGAUAUCACUUUUUAUGGCUCAAUUUGUGGUGAUUGAUCAUAACAGACAUUGCAAAAUUGUGAGGUUGCUUUGUCACCAUUUCAUAAAAGGUUCAUGAGAGUGGCAAGAAGACUGCUCAGAUAUGUGGUGAGGCACAAACAUAGAUAUCAGGUUAGUUCAAGAAGAGUUCAAUGAUAAGUUGAUUGACGAUUGAACAAGUCAAAGAUACUAACUUAGAGAAAGUUCAAAGAAGUCUUCAAGUACAUAACUCUUAAUCUGAAACUAGUAAAUGUAAGGUUCUUUGAUCCAGCCAUGUCUCUUUUCAUUUUUAUGUUUUCUUCAUUAUUCCGUUAACACACCUUCUCCUCAAUUUGUAAUUUGGCAGAAGCAAAAACAGAUUUCAACAUUAGUUCAAUCCAUUGCUGCAGUAUCUAGAGAAGUUAUGUUGGUAAUGAGAAUUUUUGGAAUGCUGCAAACUUGCAGUUAUGACGAGGUUGGUUUACCGUAGGACUUAUUUCCUAAUCGUUUGACUAAAGUUUAGAAACUUUAGAUCUUUUAACCUGCUGAGAUUAAGCAAGUUACAUGGUAUACAUGUUUUGCAGCAGCUGUGACAGAGGGAAUAUGUAAGGGCAUGACUAAAGGAAUUAGAUGUGAUAUGGCAGCCACAAUGUUCAGGGUUUUGUUUAUCUAACCUCAUAACUAUGUCUCAAAUAAAAGUUUUUAAAAUUAAUUGUCAAUUUUGAAACAAAGAAGUCCCCAACAAUGAUGUAUCGCAGCAGCCAUGGUGUUCUUAUAUACUGCAAUAUCACAAUAAUAGUAGCAGCUCAAUCCACUGGCCAAUGGGACAUUUUCACAUCCUUGUACAAAUUCACUGGCCAAUCGUCUUGGAAGAGCCUCGAAAGAUGAUUGUGGCAGCAUGAACCUUAAUUUUUUGUUUUUGUUUUUGUGAUUAUGAUGUUGGUUUGUGCAGGGAAUCCAUCAGGUAAUUUACAAAUGACAUGAAACAUUGCUUUAUAUCCAUAACACGGACAGAGCCAUGAUAAUGCUGAGUAGAAUGGUGCAGGCGGUUCACUUACAACCUUGAUAUCCUGAGUAGUAAAUAUGUCACCUUUGGGUAGGAGAAUAAUGCUUUAAUGUGUUUGUGAAUGUUUGUUAUUUAUCAAAUUAUGACUUCAAGAUUCCACAGAGUUUUGUUAUUGUCCAAUGCAAAUGGAAGUUGAAGUUCAAAAAAGCAGACCUUACUAUGUGUUUAUGGCAGUAACAGCUUGCCGUCUGUAUUUUUAUAAUUAUGCAGAUCCUAUUUGUCCAUGCUUUUAAUGGCAGCAACUUGCAUUUGUGGCGGAGUAUGACAUCAAUAGCGUGCUUGAGUGUGUUUGUAGCAUAAACAAUUUUGACACAUUAUUUUAAUGAUGUAGGAGUCAAAAAUUACUUCCUCCCUAGGAUCAUCGGUAGUUUCUUCAUUUUAUGGUGUUUUAACAAAAUUUUAUCUCAACAACGAGGGCCGGGCCUGAUGCUAGUACUUAUAAAAAGAUUUGUCUUUCUCUCCGUUCUUCAAAACACUCUAGCCCCAACCUUUUCUCUUCUUUAAUAAACUAAGGUGUGGGAC